AUGACGGAAAUACCCAAGAAGUACAAGGCCGCUGUUUAUGACAAGCCGGGCUCCAUCUCGACGAAGAUCGAGGAGUUGGACAUGCCUGAACCGGGGCCGGGUGAGGUGCUGAUUAACUUGACUCACUCCGGUGUGUGCCACUCCGACAUGGGCGUCAUGAUGAACGCAUGGAAGAUCCUCCCGUUCCCCACGCAAGCAGGCCAAGUCGGUGGCCACGAGGGCGUGGGCAAGAUCGUAAAGAUGGGUCCAGGGACCGACAACGCGGCGGUAAAAGCCGGCGAUCGCGUAGGAAUCAAAUGGAUGGCUGGGAUCUGCGAGGCGUGCGAGGCAUGCAGAGCGGGAGCAGACGCCAACUGCUUCACCGGCAAAAUCUCAGGCUACUACACACCCGGCACGUUCCAGCAAUAUGUUCUCUCGCCCGCAAACUACGUCACGCCCAUCCCCGACGGUCUCGACUCUGCGGCCGCCGCGCCGCUCCUCUGCGCAGGCGUGACCGUCUACUCGGCGCUGCGCAAAGCGAACGCCGAAUCCGGGAACUGGGUCGUCAUCAUGGGCGCUGGUGGCGGCCUGGGGCAUCUCGCCGUGCAGUUUGGCGCGCGAGGCAUCGGCCACCGCAUCAUCGGCAUCGACCACUCGUCCAAGAAGGACAUUGUGCUCGAAAGCGGAGCCGAGCACUUCAUCGCCGUGGACGGCUCAUCGUCCGUUGCCGAUACGGUUAAGGAGCUCACUGGCGGUCUGGGCGCACAUGCUGUUGUCGUGUGCACGGCGAAUAACAAGGCGUAUGAGCAGAGUCUCGACUUGUUGCGCUUUGGCGGAAGGGUGGUGUGCGUGGGGAUCCCCGAGGGCGAGCCCGUGCCGUUUGCGUUGCCGGGUGUCAUGGUGGGCAAGGCGCUGACUGUUGUGGGGUCUGCGGUGGGGACGCGGAAGGAGGCGAUUGAGACGAUGGAUUUUGCGGCCAGGGGCAUUGUUAAGACGCAUUUCAGGACGGAGAAGAUGGAGAAGUUGACGGAGGUUUUCCAGGAGAUGCAUGAGGGGAAGUUGCAGGGGAGGGUUGUGCUGGAACUAUAA